UGUGGUCUAGGGUUUUGCGCGAGAGUCGGCCGCUAUGGUGGAUUCUUCUUCAUCCGACUCCAGCAGCGAUGAGGAGGUAAGAAAUCCCCCCGCCAAGGCCGUCCCCGCCAAGCGGAAGAAGGCGCCGCCACCGCCGCCGGCUAAGAAGGUGGAAAGCGAGGACGAUAGCAGCGAUAGCAGCAGCGAUGAAGAAGACGCGAAGCCUGUGGUGAAGAAGCCCCAGGGAAAAGCUGCGAAGAAGGCGGCUAAGAGUGAUAGCAGCGAUGAGAGUAGCGAUGAGGAAGAGGAAGCAAAGCCUGCGGUGAAGAAGCCGCAGGCCAAGGUUGCGGUGGUGGCUCCGGCAAAGAAGGCACAGGAGAGCAGUGACGACAGUGACGAUGACAGUGACGAAGAAGAGGAGAAGCCCAAGCCGCAAGCCAAGCCUGCCGCCACUCCUGCGAAGGCCACUACUGCGAAGAAAAAAGUCGAGGAAAGUGAGAGCGAUAGUGAAGAUGAUAGUGACGACGAAGACGAGAAGCCUGCAGUGAAGAAGCCACUGGCGAAGCCCGCUGCCGCCGCCGCCGCUACUCCCAAGAAGAAUGCUGCCAAGGAUGAGUCCAGCGACGAUGACAGUAGUGAUUCGGAGAGCGAAGAGGACAAGGCUGCCACCAAAACGCCUGCGAAGAAGGCCCAAGUGAAGCCUGCUGUUACCAACAAAAAGGCUGCUGCGAAGGAGGAGAGUGAUAGUGAUGACAGUAGUGAUGAGAGCGAAGAGGAGAAGAAGCCUGCGGCGAAGACUAAUGCCAAGGCUUCUACAGCUCCGAUGGACGUUGAUGAGAGCAGUGACGAUGAUGACAGCGACGAUGACGAUGAGCCUGCUAAGCCUGCUGCUAAAGUCGCUGCUAAGGCCAAGCCAGCUGCGAAAGAUGAGGAAGACGAUGAGGAGGAUUCAUCAGAAGAAGAGGAAGAGGAGGAGAAAGCUGCCAAACAAGCGCCAGCCUCGAAAAAGCAAAAGCUUGAAAAUGGAAAAGCUGCAGCGACAAAAACUGACGAGGUGAAAACUCCGGCGAAAGAGGCUGGCGAAUCUAAAACUCUGUUUGUGAGAAACAUUCCGUUUUCUGUAACCGACGAAGAUCUUGCACAAUACUUCGAAGAUGCUGGUGAAGUUGUGGGCGUGCGAAUUGCGCAGGGCGAUAACGGUCCGAAAGGGUUUGCACACGUUGAGUUUUCAACGGAAGCCGCUGCUCAAAAGGCACUCAAUAAAAGCGGUCAAGAUAUGGGUGGCAGGAGGAUUUACUGUGAUCUUGCAAAUCCGAGGGGUACUCCUGCGAGUGGACCGAAGCGCGACCGGCCUUCUCCGGGGUUCAAUGGCAACCGUAAGACGAGUGGAAAUACCGUCUUUGUCAAGGGUUUCGACAAGUAUCAAGAAGAAGACUCGAUACGAGAGUCGCUGACUAAACACUUCAAAAGCUGCGGUACCAUUGAGCGGGUUAAAAUUCCCACUGAUAGAGAAACCGGAAAUAUCAAAGGCUUCGCUUACAUCGAAUUCAGUACCGACGGAGCUCCGGCCAAAGCCAAAGAACUUCACGGCUCAGACCUGGACGGCUGCAACCUCGUCGUUGAUGACGCAACCGAGCCUUCUGGAGGAGGAGGCGGCGGUGGAAGCUAUGGUGGCGGCGGCGGUGGAAGCUAUGGUGGUCGCUAUGGCGACCGUAGUGGAGGUUAUGCUGACCGCGGUGGUCGAAGAGGCCGUGGUGAUCGUGGCCGUGGUGAUCGUGGUCGCGGUCGCGGGCCAAGCAGCGCUCCAAGGCAGAAAAUCAAUGUCGCAGCGUCCGGAAAGAAGACAACCUUUGGCGACGAUUAGAAGCGAUUGAUCAAACACCAUCGCUGCUAGCUCUCUAGGUGCGUCUCGAAAAAGGCACACUCUAAUAGCAAAGUAGUGCUUGUGUACUCUCAGUUUUGCAGCUCUUGUGGAAGAAAAGAUCUAUUUAAUUACAAUAAACUUUGUGGCUUUAGAAGAAA